GAGAGUGACGUCAUUUCCGGUUGCAUCAAAUCGCUGGGGAAAAGAUGGCGGCGGUCAUUACUGUGCGGGCUCCAUUCGUGUUUAUGAGACGCCUGGUCUCUGCACGCCUGCACAGAAACUGCUGCUCGAAACUGCCAGCCACUUGUCUUGUACUCAGACCUCACUCAUAUUCCCUUAUUGCUGGACGGCAGCAUCGCUAUCUUCACACUAGCUAUGUCGCAGCACGACCAAUUUUACAAUUCAAGCUCUCCGACAUUGGGGAAGGAAUUAUGGAGGUGACGGUUAAAGAAUGGUAUGUGAAAGAAGGCGAUAAAGUCUCUCAGUUCGACAGUAUCUGUGAAGUGCAGAGUGACAAAGCCUCCGUCACCAUCACCAGCCGCUAUGAUGGAGUAAUCCGCAAACUCUACUAUGAUGUUGAUUCCAUUGCCCUCGUCGGUAAACCUCUUGUGGACAUCGAAACGGACGCCGGUCGGGCUGAAGGUCCUCAGGAGGACGUGGUGGAGACGCCUGCAGUGUCUCAGGAAGAGCACACGCACCAGGAGAUCAAAGGACACAAGACUCAGGCCACUCCUGCUGUCAGACGACUAGCCAUGGAAACAAUGUACAUCAAACUAAGUGAAGUUGUCGGCACUGGAAAAGAUGGACGCAUUCUCAAAGAGGAUAUCCUGAACUUCAUCGCCAAACAAACUGGGGCCAUUUUACCUCCAGCUCCCUUCCAGGAGAUUCGUCCUCCACCUCCUGCAGCCGCAGCACCUUUAACUCCAUCUGCGAAAGCGAUUCCACCGAGUGUACCUAUUCCUGUGAUCCCUAAACCUGUGUUUACGGGCAAAGACCACACUGAACCCAUUAAAGGCUUUCAGAAGGCGAUGGUUAAGACUAUGUCAGCAGCACUGAAGAUCCCUCACUUUGGCUAUAAAGAUGAAGUAGAUCUGAGCCAGUUGGUCCGGUUGCGCUCUGAACUCAAAGGUCUGACUGAAUCACGAGGAGUGAAGCUCAGUUACAUGCCCUUCUUCAUCAAGGCAGCAUCUCUCGCCCUCCUCCAUUUUCCCAUUCUCAACUCAUCUUUGAUGAAAACGCACAAUAUCACCUAUAAGGCUGCUCAUAAUAUCGGACUGGCGAUGGACACGAGCCAAGGUCUUCUGGUUCCCAAUGUAAAGAACAUACAGAUGCUUAGUGUAUUCGAGAUCGCAGUGGAGCUCAACCGCCUUCAGAUAUUGGGAGCAUCGGGACAGUUGGGGACCUCUGACCUCACGGGGGGAACAUUCACACUCUCAAACAUUGGAUCAAUUGGAGGAACCUAUGCAAAGCCGGUCAUAUUGCCACCUGAGGUUGCUAUUGGUGCUCUUGGGAAAAUUCAGGUCUUUACCUCGGUUUUUAACCACAAGGACGAGGUCGUGAAAGCACACAUCAUGAACGUCAGCUGGUCUGCAGACCACCCGAAUCAUCGACGGAGCACCAUGUGUCGCUUCUCCAACCUGUGGAGAUCAUACUGGAGAACCCUGCCUCCAUGGGUCCUGGAUCUCAAAUAGAAAGCAUAAAUCCUCCA